AUGAAUUCAACUGAAACUGAGCAAAUUGGUACUGGUGGGAAAACUGUUAAAAUGGAACCUGCUUUGGACGUUGCUGAUGCUGAACCAACUCGUCAACUUAUGUUGAAGAUGGAAUCAACUGAAUGUUUGGAACUCAAUGAAAAUGUGACAAAUCCAAAACCAACUCGAAAAGCACCUCAAAAGGAAAAGACGAAGCAAAAGAGGCUUGGUAGUAAGCGACGAAGGAAUGGGUGGAUGAGACCAGGGGCCUUUGCUGUUCCUGCUUUCACUCAACCAACUGGUGGAGAUAGAGCUGGUCAGUAUAGAAUUGGAGAGGCUUGUGCAUCAACAAGUGGAACUAAAGUGGAUGCUUCUACUCAGACAGAGGAGAAAAAGAAGGAAAAGCGUUACAAAGGAAAGCGUAUUUCUCGUACUGAAAGGAAGCGUCGAAAGUUGCGUAGAGCUCAAGGAUUAAAUUUUAAACAAACGGUUAAGAAGACGUUAAAUGACGAGAUUAAACAGUUGGUGAAUAAGGCGUUGAAAGCUGGAACUAUGAUAAAUUCAACAGAAACCGAACAAAUGGAUGUUCUUGUUCAGGAAGAGGAAACUGUUGUUGUUCAAGAAGAAAUAAAUGAAGAGGCCUCUCAGGAAGUCAAUAAUGAUGCUGAACCUCCCAGACAACUUGAUUAUUUAAACGAAGAGGACAGCGAGGAUGAUGAAUUUGUUGUAACAAUUGGAGAUAUUAAAGCAAAUGUUCCUUUUCAAAAACAAAAUAGAAGUGGAGUGACUAAUGGAACAAUUGAUUUAGACACAAAUCCGACAUUGAAAGAUGGAACGCCGAUAUAUGAUUUGGAUUUGGCUACAAUGGAGGAUAAGCCUUGGAGGAAGCCGGGAGCUGAUAUUACCGAUUAUUUCAAUUAUGGAUUUAAUGAAGAAACCUGGAAUCAAUAUUGUGAGAGACAACGAAAAUUUCGACAAGAAUUUGGCAAUGACCAAGCGGCUAUAAACCGGGCAAUUGUUUCAAAUAUUCUACUUUCCGGACCUGCUACAAUUCCAACAACAACACAAAUUGGCCUAACUACUUUUGCUGGAGGAAGACAAUUAGUUAAUUUAUCUGGUGGUGGAUCAGACAAGCAACAACAAAAAGUUCAAAAAAUUAUUGUUGAUUUAAGCAAACCUCCACCAAUUCUUUCAAAUGGGGCGGAUGAUAUGGGAACAACAUCUACUAUUUUAAAUCAAAUACCUGUAAUCCGAACAGUAAUUAACGAGAAAGGAGUUGUUCGUCAAGAGUCGUCGGAGCUUAUGCCUUCAUCAUUUAAAACAGAACCUAAAACUUUGGAAAGUUUAUUGUUGCCUUCUUCAAAUAUUGAAUCAGGUAUGACACCAGAACAUUCUAUGCCACCAACUUCUGAUGCUUUUGUUCAUUCUCCAAUAACAACAACACCCCCUCCAAUCGAACAACAGCCGAUUAGUGUUAUAGAUUUCUCGAAGCCUCCACCAAGUUUUGAUCCAGCAAUUCCUCCACCUCUUCCAUUGGUUUCUCAAGUUCCUCAAGUUCCAAUGGUCAGUCAAAUUCCACCAUCACUUCCAUUGCCUGUCCAAUCCUCAAUUACUCACACUUCUUCAGCUCCGAUUUUAUCUGCUUCAACAGGUUUUUUAAAUUUUUAUUUGUAUCUUAUAUCUUCAGCAAUGCCUGCCGCGUCAGCUCCUGCUGAUAUGGAUUUACCUCCUGGUGUUGACGAAGGUGAUGGGCCGCCAGGAGUUUCUUCAAUUCCAGCAGUCUCAAUGCCACCACCACCACGGAUUGAUUUUUCCCAACCUCCGCCUACCAGUCAAUUCUCAUACAAUCCAAGGCCUCCAUUCUCAAUCCCUCCCUCAACUUUUGGCCCAGCUGGAAGUCUCUAUCCACCACAACAACAAACUUAUGCUCCAAGACAUUUUCAACCUUCCUAUCGUCAUCCAUUUGGAGGGUUCCGUGGAGGAUUUCAUGAUCGUUUCCGUUCAAGUAGAGGAAUGUCUCGGCCUAUGGAAGAAAGAGAUCGGAGUUCUGAUGAGGGAAGUGAUUCUGGACCAAGUCUUCGGAAGAAACGUCGUUCAAGGACUCGUUCAAAAAGUCGAAGUCCAUCUACAGGACGAAGUAGACGCAAAGAUGACGAUCGAAGCAGUAAACAUCGUGAUCACAAAGACAAGGAUAGAAAAAGGAAGAAGGAGAAGGACAGUAAAGACAGGAACAAAUCAUCACGUCGUUCACCUAGUAUAAAGAAGGAAAGUCGAAUAAAAAGUGAAAGAAGGAGCUCUGAACGUGACAAGGAUGAUAGAGAUUCAAGAUCAUCACGUCAUCGAUCGUCUCCAAGUCGAAGAAGAGAAAAAGAAUCAUCGGUUAAAUCAGAACUUCGAAUUAAAACGGAACAAAGAAGUCCUGAAAGAGAUUGA